UUGAAAAAGACAAGUAUUUGUUCCCUUCUUCUCCAGGAGGCGCUAUCAGUGGUGAGUGAAGACCAGUCCUUAUUUGAGCCUCCAUACGCUGCUGCUGCCCCUCUCCCCAAAACAGACAUGACUGCAUCUGGCACACAGGACUAUGGCCAGACCCACAAAAUCAACCCCUUACCCCCACAGCAGGAGUGGAUCAACCAGCCUGUGCGGGUCAAUGUCAAGAGAGAAUAUGAGCACAUGAAUGGAUCCAGCAGGGAGUCUCCUGUGGACUGCAGUCUGGGUAAAUGUAACAAGCUGGUGGGGGGCAACGACACAUCUCAGAUGACCUAUGGAAACUACAUGGACGAGAAGAGCGCUCCUCCGCCCAACAUGACCACCAAUGAGCGGAGGGUCAUUGUCCCCGCAGACCCGUCGCUGUGGUCCCAGGACCACGUGCGCCAGUGGCUAGAGUGGGCCAUCAAGGAGUACGGCCUGUUGGAGAUCGACACAGCAAUGUUUCAAAACACAGAUGGCAAGGAACUCUGCAAGAUGAGCAAAGACGAUUUCCUCCGGCUCACCACCAUGUACAACGCAGAAGUGCUUCUCUCUCAUCUCAAUUACCUCAGGGAAAGUAGCUCAUCAUUAUCCUACAACACGCCAUCUCACACGGACCCAUCUCCACGCCUGGCUGCCAAAGAGGACCCUUCAUAUGACGCUGUACGGCGGACGGGGUGGUCCAACAACAUGCACAGUGGCAAAGGCUCACCAGUAGUUAAUCAGAAUGUGACCAAGUCCACUGAGCAGCCAAGAGCUCAACCAGAUCCUUACCAGAUUCUGGGCCCCACUAGUAGUCGCCUAGCCAACCCAGGUUCGGGUCAGAUCCAGCUGUGGCAGUUCCUGCUGGAGCUCCUGUCUGACAGCGCCAACGCGGGCUGCAUCACUUGGGAGGGAACGAACGGCGAGUUCAAGAUGACGGAUCCCGACGAGGUGGCGCGGCGCUGGGGCGAGCGCAAGAGCAAGCCCAACAUGAACUACGACAAGCUGAGCCGCGCGCUGCGCUACUACUACGACAAGAACAUCAUGACCAAGGUGCACGGCAAACGCUACGCCUACAAGUUCGACUUUCACGGCAUUGCCCAGGCGCUGCAGCCGCACCCCACUGAGUCCUCUAUGUACAAGUACCCCUCGGACCUAGCCUACGUGCCUUCCUACCACGCCCACCAGCAGAAGGUCAACUUUGUAUCUCCACACCCCCCGUCUAUGCCCGUCACCUCCUCCAAUUUCUUUGGACCCACUGCUCAGUACUGGAGCUCGCCCACCGCGGGCAUCUACCCCAACCCAAACGUACCCCGCCAUCCCAACACCCACGUGCCAUCCCACCUGGGUAGUUAUUAUUAAAAAACAACUCUCCCCGACCUUGCACCAGCCUAAAAAAAAAAUCCUACCCUUCCCCCCUCCAACAAAAUCCACGAUUGCUGACCUGCACUCCUUAUAAUCCCAAACCAAUGAAGACAGAGUUGGAGACAUGUAGUACUCCUGAAUGAAGGAUGAUUCAAUUGACAUUUUGGUUUUUUUGUUUAUUUGUAUGUGUGUAAAAUUUUAUAAACAACUGGAUGCUAUGGUCCAAAUGGAAUACUACUUAUCUUUUCAAGACUAGCAACUGUUUGUUUAUGUUUUACGGAUGCACAUCUGAGUUUCCUGUGCCUUUCUUUCCAAAUCUCCUGAAAGAUUCACCUACAGGCCAGUAGGUGCCAUUUUCUAAACAAAGCCUAGAUACAGGAGACUGGAAUCUGUCUGCCACCCCAUCAUGCUACAGUACCAGACAUGGGCCUGUUUCUUAUGGGUCUCAAUCUACAUCCUUCUCAGUACAAGAUAUACAUUUCUCUUGACUCGUCUCGUUUGCCCUUGCCGUUCGUUCACUGCCUCGCCGGGGUUUCUUCCACUGCCUGCUUGUCUGCUCGUCCGCCUCUUUUUUUUAUUUGGUUUUGUUUAUUUGAGUGUAUGUGUGUGGAGAGUCCACUGGAAUUCGGUGGACGAGGAGGAGCUCUCGCGAGAUCACGUUUCUCAGCACUGAAUGAAAUGUAGCGACUGGAAUAUGCCGCUCGAUAUGCCAUUUAAUUUAUCCUCCAAACUGGAAGGCUCGAGAAGAGUUAAAUGCCGCAGAAGGAAGCGCUGUAUGUUUUGCUGACCUGGGUCAAUGAGUUGCUUUGGAAGGGUUGCCUGUGUAUUUUCUGAUGGAGAUUAUGGGUGGUGCGUGCUGUGGGGUUGAGCCAAUUGUGCUGCGGAAGCUGAGUCGAGAAAAUAACCGCCGCCAUUUGCAGCAACAGCUCAGCCCGGGUCAGAGGUUUUGGGUGGGCCACACACCAGGCUGGUAAAUGUUUGCCGUGUCGUUGCCUCUCAGUCAUGCCAUUUCCAGAUGUUUGGUUGCUCAGCCACGUCAGUAUUAAUGUGAAUGUCUCUGGGUUUGUGAAACACAUGUAAGAGGUUAUGCAAAAAUCAAAAUUUGUCAGAUGUGGCUAUUUUGUGAAAACAUGCGCAUGUACAAAUUCCUUCACACUCGAAAUCAUGAAUCGAAAAACAUGACAGUGCCUUUAUGUGUGAUUAUGUAGAUGUGUUGAUAUUAUCUGCAGUUUUCCUGUAUGGAUGUUAUGUUGUUUUCAGACCCAAGUGUCUUGAGCAUUCAUCUAACUUUGAUAUGUGCUGAAAAUCAAAGCUCUAACCCGCACAGAGUUAGUGCCAUGCUUUAACUGCUGAAUUACGCCACCUCUUGUCUGUUAGUUCAAGACGAGAAAGCACUAAGCAAAGUAAUGAUAUCACCAAAUAUCUGACAAUUUUUGAUCUGUAAGUGCGCUCUGACACCAACAGCUGCCAUAGUGUCUCUUCUCUCUUUUGUAGGCCAGUCAGGACCGCACGGGUCAGUACUGAGGAGUUGCUAAGCAGUAAGUGAUGUUAAGAGACGGUCAAGUUGCAUUUUCACCAGGGCUGGAUCCUAGUAAGAGAGCAGCAUGUUUGUUUUGAACGUUGGUUUCUCACUAAUCUUGAAGCCCCACAAAAUGCACAAAUGUUGUGAUUUCCUCAUCAUCAUCACAGAGCAUAAUGUCGAAACAUAUCCAUCACCGGUCAGGUGUUCAAUGCUGUUCAUAUCAAAGUUUUUGCCUUGAGAGUGGACACUUGAAAAUGAAUUACUUGGAACUGAGUAGUUUAUCCAAGAGCAAAACCAAUGAAGUAUGACAAGAUGAAACAAAGAAAUCCUCAGAUUCGCAAACGCUGUGCGUUUGUCAGACCUAUUUUUUAUUAUUUUAUAAACAUCUGUCAACUAGGCAUUGAAGCAACUUACUGUAUAAAUUAUGCAGAGUUAUUUUCAUAUGUGACACAGUGUAAAAGUCGCGAGAAUUAAUACGAGUUGACCUCGGUCAAAAAUGCAAACCUUUUAAGUCCAGUUCUGCUAAGUAGUUUGUUAAGCAUUUGAAGCGUUUUUAUAUCUGUACAUUUGGGCAAUAACAUUUUUGUUUCCUCAUUGUUGUUAUUAUUUCUAAAAUUCGGUUGUAACAUCCUAAGCUCCUGAAAGUGUAAGAUAUAUUUUCUUGUAUUCCCAACACCACAAAUGCCUGCUUGAAUUGCAAUCCAAUAGAUGGGGAUUCCUCUACUCUGUAUACAGCAUGUGAUAGUGAUGGAAGGUUUCCAGUGUCACCCCCUCACCAUGCCAGGAAUUCAUAGCUGGCCCUGUGGUUUUAAGAAUUUCAGGUAUCUUAUGCUCAAUGAUAUAAACAAUGUUAAUAUUUACAUCCAGCUCCUGUUUAAGAUGUAUGGCUUUAAAAGAACAAAUUAAAAGGGAAUAUGUAAUUUGUAGCAUAAAGAAAUUAUUCUAAUGUUCCCUCGAUGUUCAAGUUUCAUAAGCAUCAUCAGUGAGAAGGGAUCUGUGCUACUUCAUAUAUGCAAUGUAUUUUGGAUAUCAAAUAUAUAAAUAUAUAUAAAUAUAUAUAUAUAUUUGUGUGUAUAUCUUUACAAUUAAACAAUGUAUUAUUUUUAUUCUCAUUCCUGAAAUGUAUGAAGUCAAACAUUUGAAAAAGAGCUUUUGUAUAGGAAAAAUGUGACAAAAUAAAUGUUUUUACCUCUUGCCUGCC